AUGCUGCAGAUGUCGCCCGAGCUCCUCCAGGCCAUCGUGAGCUUCCUGCCGUCCAAGGACAUGGCGGUGCUAGCAAACGCGCUGCCCGAGCAGCUGCGCACACCAGCGCUCCAGCUCGUCGCGACCUUGACGCAGGCCGUCGGGCCCCAUGUGUUCUCACUUGGUCACGACCUCGAAGCGCUCGCGCAGCUCGAGAACGCAUACUGCAUCCUUGACCAGCUCUUGACGACAAGCCACACCCUCUGCGUGAGUGCACCGACGGCUCUGUCCACCAUACCUUCAGUCGCGACGCCACCGCGCGUGCGGCCGACGCUGCACCGCCUUUGCCUCGAGAUUACGGAUUGGACCGACGAUCCGCGUGUGCUCGCGUGCCUGCAGCACGUCUUCGCUGUUAACGCAGCAUCGCUUCAGUCGAUCGAGGUUAAUGUCUCGGCGCCACACGAUCGGGCGCCGGAGGUAUGGAGAAGCCAGUGGCAGCACGACUUCCUCACGACGCUGGUCCAAGGUCUUGUCUCGUUGCGUCAUGUGACAUCGCUGUCGCUGCGUUCCAUGCACGGGCUACGCUUUCCAGAGCAGGAGGCGAUGACGCUCGCUGCCUGGAUCGACGCGACACCGCUGGCGUCAUUGCGCAUGGAAAACAUCUACGAGCUCUCGCCAGGCCGACAGCUCUGGGCCAAGCCCACGCUCACGUCCUUGUCUCUCGACGUGAUCUAUCGAUUCGACGACUUUGCGAGCUUUACACCGUCACUGACGCACGUCGAUCUACGACUCUUUGGCCCGCGCGAGCUGGGGCGGGUGGCCAAGUCGCUGGCCAAUUGUCCUAUUCAAUCGCUUGACGUGCGGCUCACGAACAGGUUAUUCCGUCAAGCCGAUCUCGCGACGCAGGAUUUUUUCGACUACGACCUGCCGCGGUUCACCCAGCUCACGUCGUUGUGCUUGACCAACGUCCAUCUCUCGACGACCCACUGCCUCGCGCUAUCGCCGCUGCUCCCACGCUUCAAGCAUCUUCGUCUGACGUCCAACAGAUUGGGCGACGCUGGCGUUCGUGCGCUUGCAGUCGACCUCACAUUUGCUUUGCAGCUCGAGACGCUCACGCUCGUAGAUCAAGGCUUUGGUGACGACGGCGCGUCCGCCCUCGCGUUUGCACUCAUGCACACACCUCUUCUUCGCACGUUGGACCUCAGCCGCAACGCUAUCAAGCUCCGUGGUGCCAAGCUGCUGAGUUAUUUCGUUUUCGAUCGGCCGCGCCUCGUCACGUGGCGCUUGUGCAGCAACCCGCUGGGCGCGAGCGGCCUUGCGUUUCUACUGCGUCGGUGGACGUAUGGAGAAGUUGACACGCUCCGAGUGAUUGACGCCCGCGGAUCGAUCGCCAGCACCGACGAUCGCCGGGGCUGCCGCGUUACCGACGAUGCGAUGCAGGGCUGGACGAGCCGAUGA